AACCUUCCAAAUGAUAAUCGGAUCGACCACGUGGGCCACGUUGAUCGGGCAUAUAUGAUUUGUGUUUUUCUAAUGGAAAAUCAGCACAUGCGUAACAGCUAGUUGUGAAUAUAGUAGCUCCCUUCCAUUACUCAAACUCAUCGGCUGUCCUCCAAAGGAGAAGGAAAGCAUGGGAAAUUCAUCCAUCCUCCUCUUCCUUCUCCUCUCUCUCAUCUCCACCGUACAUUCACAUGAUCACCACUCCACAUACAUUGUCCACGUCUCAAAAUCUCAAAAACCAGCCAUCUUCAUGACCCACCAUCACUGGUACUCAUCCACCCUCAUGACCCUCCCUCAAUCUCCCCACCCCACCAAAAUCCUCUACACCUACGAUCACGCCAUCCAUGGCUUUGCAGCCCGCCUCACCCCAUCCCAAGCAGCCGCUCUCCAAGAUCUCCCUGGAAUCCUCUCCGUCCAAUCAGAACGGAUCCACCAUCUAGACACCACGCACACUCCCAAGUUCCUAGGCCUUGCCGACGUCUCCGGCAUCUGGCCCAAUUCAGAUUACGCCAAUGACAUCAUCAUCGGCGUCCUGGACUCCGGGAUCUGGCCUGAACGGCGCAGCUUCUCUGAUACCGGCCUCUCAGCUGUGCCUGCCAGCUGGAAAGGCUCAUGUGAGACUGCCACCAAUUUCUCCACCUCCGCCUGCAACAGAAAACUUAUUGGAGCGAGAGCCUACUACGCCGGAUAUGAAGAAUAUUUACAAAAGAAGAUGAACGAGACCCUCGAAUCAAGAUCGCCGAGGGACACCGAAGGCCAUGGGACCCACACAGCAUCAACGGCAGCCGGGUCUACUGUAACAAGCGCCGGGUUUUAUAAUCUCUCCAUCGGCGAAGCGAGGGGAAUAGCAACCAAGGCGAGGAUUGCCGUCUAUAAGAUCUGUUGGCUGAGCGGUUGCUUCGAUUCAGACAUACUUGCAGCCAUGGACGAAUCGAUUGCUGAUGGGGUCCACAUAAUUUCUCUCUCCCUCAGCUUCAACAUGCCAGCUGGUGACUACGAUAACGACUCGAUCGCCAUUGGAUCAUUCGGCGCCGUACAGAGAGGCGUCCUCAUCUCCGCUUCAGCAGGGAACGAUGGGCCCACUCCUGGCAGUGUCAUGAACAUCGCACCGUGGAUUUUCACUGUAGGCGCUUCAACGGUCGAUAGAGAAUUCCCCGCUAAUGUUGUUCUUGGAGACGGUACAACCUACAGUGGAGUGUCGCUUUACUCCGGCGAACCGUUUGAUUCCUCUGAUCUCUCUCUCGUCGACGGUGGAUCCUGCUUGAAGCUCAAAUCAUCUACGGUCCGUGGGAAGAUCGUCGUCUGCAACGACGACAGUGACGGAUUAAUCAUUAGGAAGGGAGAUGUAGUCAAACGGGCUGGCGGAGUCGGGAUGAUCGCCGCAGAUAGCUACAACGAAGUGCCGUCUGCAGAACUGCAUCUCAUCCCUGCUACAAAUGUAGGUAAGACCGCAGGCGCCAGCAUCCGGAAAUACAUCCAAUCAAAAUGGUGGCCGUGGUCUUCACCGACUGCUACCAUCGUAUUCAAACGAACGGUGAUCAGCAAUUCACCAGUAUCUCCUAAGGUUGCACGGUUCUCCAGCCGUGGGCCCACCAAUAAAAUUCCGGAGAUUCUCAAGCCGGAUGUGAUAGCGCCCGGCGUCAAUAUCUUAGCGAGCUGGACCGGGUUCACCAGCCCGACCAAUCUCGAAAUCGACCCGAGACGGGUUGAAUUCAACAUUAAAUCUGGUACGUCGAUGGCCUGUCCACACGUAAGUGGGCUUGGGGCUUUACUCCGAAAGGCCCACCCUCAGUGGAGCCCAGCUGCUAUAAAAUCCGCCCUCAUGACAACUUCAUACAACGUGGACAGUUCUGGCGGGAAUUUUGAAGAUCAAGGCACGAGAAACGAAUCCACACCGUUCAUUCAUGGGGCCGGACAUGUGGAUCCCAACAAAUCUCUCAAUCCAGGCCUGAUUUAUGAUAUCAACACCGAUGAUUACGUGGCAUUCCUCUGCGCCAUUGGAUAUGGUGUUGAUCGGAUUGCCGUCUUCAUCAAGGAUAAAGCCGCCGUUAACUGCUCGGCGAAAUCCAUGGCUAGUCCGGGAGAUCUGAACUACCCAUCUUUCUCUGUGGUUUUCAAAUCCAACAGAGAUGUAGUUCAGCGUCGAAGGGUCGUUACUAACGUUGGUGGGGCAGGAUCUGUUUAUGUAGCCAACAUUACAGGCCCAUCAACGGUUCAGAUCAACGUUUCGCCGAGUAAGCUUGUGUUUAGUGCACAAAACCAAAGCUUAUCGUAUGUGAUCACGUUUGCUUCGAUCGCUGAUCCAACGGCCAGCAUGGGGUUUGGUUCGAUCACGUGGAUUGAUGGGGCCCAUGUUGUCCGAAGUCCUAUUGCUAUUUGCUGGAGCCCAAGCUCGGUAUCUUCUAUUUGAAUUAGAAGAUGCGAUUCAAGACGUCCAUUUGGUGAUUGGAUCAUCUAUCAGAAAUGAUGUAAUGGUCAUUUCAAUGGUCUGAGAUCUGGACCCGACCAGGACCCGGUUCUUUCAGCGGGUCUAUCCUAACCGGGUAGGAUUAUCCAUGUGUUCGGUAGGAUUUCUGCACCGUUGAUCAUCUGCUUGAUCCAGAAUGGCCAUUGGAUUAUCCAUGUGUUCUAACCAU